CAGCCUAUUGAAGGAGGAAGUUGCGCCAGGGUGGGAGCUCGUGUGGUCUCUCCUUCUUUUCCUUUGCCGUGCAACAAUACAAAGAGAACCCGGGUUUGUUUUCACUGAGGGGGAAAUUCAGUGGAGGGAAACACUGCCUCAGGUGUUGGCAUUUUUUUUUUCUCCUCGUGCUUUUUUUGGUCUGUUGCAAAAACAUCACCAGUGGCUGAAGUACAGGUUGCCGUUGAGGAGUUUGACUUCAGUAGAUGGCUAUUGUGCUACGAUAGAAACAACUGUGCAUCGGUUGAUGAAAUCAUACCAGUGUGUCAAAAUCAAGCCAGAGACGAACUAACGAGAGACGAUGGUUGUGCUCCGAGGGCUGAUGAUACAGCCUUCAUUUAAAGCUGCUCCGUACACAUAGUUAAUCCUCUCUGAAUGAACUGUGCAGUUACUGCCAAGCAGCUGGAGAUGACACACACACACAUUGGUAACAGCAACCUACGAGGGAGAAAAAUUUCCUCAUGUUUUGAGCAGACAGUCGCCCAUCGACUUGCAUAGAGAGCAGGGCAACAGUUUCGCUGAAAGGGUUUUUUUGAUCAUUCUAUCUCUAAGCUGUCCGAAACGACCGAGAUAAAGUCAUGUCUGGAGGAGUGAAUUUGACACGACGGUAUCAUCGCCCAUGCGUUCAUACAUGUACAUGUACCUUCCUGAGGUUUCCAUUUCUGCACUGACUAUCGCCUUUCCCUCCCAGACCUCUUCAGAUACCCCCCCCAUCAGGAAUUGUGUGAACAUCAUACCUCUCUGCAGAUUAAAAAGUCAAACCGCCCCGUCGUUAUAACCCUUUCCCCCCAUUUGGAUUUAACAAGCUCUAGAAGACUAUUUUCAAGGAUUUGGCGGUGUAUUUUGUAAACUCUGGAGAGCCAUGGCGCCGUUCAACCCAUUUGUGCAUACACUGAAAGCCAAAGGUGAUAACACGGAGACCACAAUGGCAGAAGAGAGUGCCAAGCCCAUCUUUAGCAAUGAGACGAGGUUUGAGUGCGAGUGUGACGACGUGUCCUGCAACGGUGAGAAUUCCCGGUGCACGGAUGCCAUACAGUGCUACGCUUCACUCAGGUUCGACGACAAUGGUUUCGAGUACAUGAGAAAGGGUUGCUUCAUCACAAUACAGCACAGUCAUAUGUACUGCAAGAGUGAAUACGGGGAAGGUUUGGUCAUGAUUUGCUGUAAAGGAGACAUGUGCAAUCAGAACAUAUUACCUACCUUUCCCGUCCCACCAACGACGCCAUUACCAGAACCUAGGGAGUCCCUUCCCUACAACGUCGCCUACCUCGUCAUGGCCGUCCUCGGCCCUUUCCUGGCCCUGGUCAUUGGCAUCUCCUUUGCCAUCUUCAUGUAUCGCUGGAUGCACAAGAAGCGACUACGAGAGCUCAACUCCAGUGAUGAGGGCUACGCCCACCACGCCCCUCAUGACCUGCGGGCUGUGCCUGCCGGCGACAGUACACUCAAGGACCUUUUUGAUCAUUCAAACACUUCUGGCAGCGGUUCCGGACUCCCUUAUCUGGUCCAGAGGACUGUGGCUAGACAGAUUACAUUGGUGGAGCAAGUUGGUAAGGGUCGCUUUGGUGAAGUGUGGCGAGGCAAUUGGCAAGGUGAAAAUGUUGCGGUGAAAAUCUUCAACUCCAUCGAUGAGAAGUCGUGGUUUCGCGAGACGGAGAUCUACAACACGGUCAUGCUGCGUCACGACAACAUCCUGGGCUUCAUCGCAUCCGACAUGACCUCGCGCAACUCCUGCACGCAGCUGUGGCUCAUCACGCACUACCACGAGUUUGGCUCACUCUACGAUUACCUGAACCGGAACAUUUUAGACCCCAAGAUGGCGAUCCGGUUGGCCUUGUCGGCUGCCUCGGGCCUUGUGCACCUGCACACGGAGAUCUGCUGCAACAACAGCAAACUGGCUAUCGCGCACCGCGACAUCAAGAGCAAGAACAUUCUCGUGAAGGAGAACCACACGUGCUGCAUUGCUGAUCUGGGACUCGCGGUCUUGCACACACGCAAGACAGACCAGAUCAACCUGGGAGUCAACACGCGGGUGGGUACCAAACGUUACAUGGCGCCCGAGCUAUUGGAGGAGACAAUGAACGUUGCCGAAUUUGAAUCCUUCAAGAGGGUCGACGUCUACGCCUUUGGCCUGGUGCUGUGGGAAAUUGCCAGGAGGUGCCAAGUUGGAGGUAUGGUGGAAGAUUACCGGCCCCCUUUCUUUGAGUAUGUCCCCAGUGAUCCAGGGUUCGAGGACAUGAAGAAAGUCGUGUGUACCGAUAUGCUUCGGCCGACGAUACCAAACCGAUGGUCAAAUGACCAGACGUUAGUCGCCCUCUCCAAACUCAUGAAGGAGUGUUGGUACCAUACGGCCUCAGCGAGGCACAGCUCCCUGCGAGUGAAAAAGACGCUCAUGAAAGUAGCCGAGUCAUGUAACUCUAACAUGAGGUCCAAACUGGACUACAACUGGGAAAAGGCUAUCAUCUGAAGUCUGCGGGACUCGCCGAGACUAUCUGCCACUAAGCAUCAGCAUUGACUGUGAAAGAAUUCCUUAGAUAGCCAGACACCAUCAGGGAGUGACAGGGAUUUACUCAGCGAUGGUAACAUCCAAAACUUUCCAGGCAUCUGGUCGUUCAGAACAAUUUGUACAUGAGGUGCAUGCUUUGGAAAAGUUUACUUGGGUAAGCAACAGCAAACAAUCAGAUGGGAACGACCAGCGAUGUCAUGUCUCUGAAGUAAAUGUUAUUCAUGAAAGAAAGUCAUUGGCAAAUAAAAGUGGAAGUGGACUGCUGGAAAUCGCCUGCGGAAGUUAUGGAGUGAUCAGCAUUAGAGAAUUUGGAUUUCUGCAUUUGCAGCAUCGACAGGCAAGCAAAGGCUGUUGACCAGUGUCGGCGAACGAUACAUUUCAGGCUUACGGCCUCGUGCCACAUAUCACUGAGCCACUCGGCAGAGCAGGGCACUCCCAAGUGGUUACUCCUCAUGGUUACUCCUCACCGAUGUUGGCUGGGCAACAACUUGAAAUUCAUCAUCAUACCAUUCAGACUUCAUACGGCAACACAAUGGGAUGGCGCACCUGUGCUAGGUGAUACAGGCCCAGUCUCGGCAGUCGACAGACCAGUGACUCAAUCUCUGUUAAAAUGAACGCCGUGCGAGAACAAAACAGGUAGAUUCCAGUACAGCCCACAGUGUUAUAUUCACAUUCGUGCAGAGGUUUUAUUUUUUUCUUGGAUCAGUUAACUUGGAAGCUGUUACCUCAGUUAAGGUCGCUGUGAAGGUCUCUCAUGAUCCAGUCAAUAUGUCACACAAAGAAGAAAAAGAAACCUAAGGAAGUAUGGAGACUUGUGAUAUAUCACAAGCCAGUCACAUCAUAAGUCACAAGAUAUUGAUAUGAACAGUGACAGAGGCACACCUCUGUCAUGGCCCACCAACUGUCACAGACUUGUGACAGUCGACAAGAUACCACCUUCAUAUACUGUGAAGCAAGCCUGUCCCAAGUGCCAGUGUUAAUCAACAUCAUUACUCUUGUAAUGUGACACUUGGCUACUCUUGAGAAAUUUGGAUAUCUCUUAAGGGUACGUCUGCGUUAUUUAAUACAUGAAUGCAGUCAAGCAGACCUGAACAGGAAGUUGAUGCUCAUGUGAUCCCUCGAGUUGGUUGAUAAAAAACGAGUAAUUUUAGCUUUUUUUUAGCAUUAUCAUGUACAGUUUUGUAAAUUUUGCUGUUUUUCUGUGAAUAGCUUUGGUUUCAUGAUCUAACAUGAACUGAUGUACAAAUUGUAACAACAGGGUAUAAUAAGACAGAUGUACAUGUAUAUUACGAGAAGUUCAAAGCCUGCAGCAAUGCUUUGAAAUACAAAUGAGCAACAGUUGCCAAAAAACAAGACUCGGAAGUAUCUCAGAUUGAACCAGUUAGGACUCAAGAACUGGCGGCAUACCAUAGCGCUUGUUACGGCAUCACAGGAAGACACGGCUGAAACUGUUAAUAAUGGUAUUUUACAGCAAAGAGGAGUUCUUUAUUUGAGCCCUUUUAUUCCUUUGUUUUCAAUAAUUUGUUGUGUGAAAGAAACACCGGGUCAAAAUUAACAUUUCAAAUUUGGUUGUUUCUCGGAUUGGGCAUUUCUGAUCUGCUGUGAAAUGUUUUGCCCGUUUGCAUUUCAGCAAUCAAUUUAUAGUCUUACCUGUUAACACCACGGACGUAUAUAAAAAACCUUGACUUGCAACGCCUUUGUAUGAAAAAGAAGCCAACCAGCGGCUAUUUUACC